CGGGCGGCCCGCCCCGCCCCGCCCCCCGCGGCGCUCCCGCUGCUAUGGCAACGCCGCGCCGCUGAGCUCGGGGCCGAGCGGCCGCCGCGCCCCCCGACAGCGGCAGCCGCACAGGAUUGGAACCGGACGCCUGCAGCCACCCCGCUCCAGGAGAAGCUGUCCUUUCCCGAGAGCCUCUCGUGACUGGGGGGAAAGAAGAUGACUUCUCCUGAGAAACUGCCAUCAAGUCUGAACACAGAGCAAAACCAAUCUCCUCAUCUGCCUCUCUGUGCAAAUCCUGGCAACCCGGUGUUUUCCUGUAUGCUGGACCCCAAAACACUCAUCACCAAUGGUUCUUCGACAAAGCCUCAGGUUUUACUGUUUAAAACAACUUCAAGUGAAUAUGGUGCUAUACCACCUGUCUCACAGUUGGUACCCUGUAUUUAUCAUCCAGUGGAUCAAACCUUUUCAAAACACUUACUCACUUGUGGGUCAUUUGAAGAUAGUUAUUUAAACACUGCUAUUGACAGAAGUAGGGUAUAUGACUACCCCAAUUUCCAGCAUACUCUGUAA